GGGCAUAUGCCAUAGGAGAAUGACAACAUGUCCAAAUCUCAUAUACAUUCCAGGUAGACCCGUGGUGUAUAUUCUCUGAUUGCGAACAUGAAGCGAUUUGGACUAAAAUGACGACAUGAGAAUCACUGUACUCCUCUGUGUAGCUGUGUUGAGUGCGUUGUCAGAGGGCACAGACAGAGUCUACUACAUCGCUAGUGUAGAAGAGGAGUGGGACUAUGCCCCAUCUGGGGUAAACCUUAUCACCUAUGAUCACAAAAAACCACUGGAUUACUUUACCCACAAUGCAAGGCGAAUUGGUUCCCGAUAUGUGAAGGCCUUGUACCGUGAAUUUAAGGACGAUUCGUUCACCGCCAGGAAAGAAAGGGAUGAAUACACGGGUGUCUUGGGACCUACAAUGGUUGGAGAGGUUGGCGACCGAAUCGUGAUUCAUUACAAAAACUUGGCAUCGAGGCCAUUCAGCAUGCAUCCACAUGGUGUUAACUACAAAAAAGAUUCUGAAGGGGCAUUCUAUCAAGAUAAGACAACAGGCAAAAAUAAAUUAGAUGAUGGCGUCCUUCCUAAUUCCACCCAUACCUAUAUUUGGUCAAUCAGAGAAUCAGAGGCUCCUUCUACGGGGGACCCGGACUGUCUAGCCUGGAUAUAUCAUUCCCAUGUUGAUACACCGAGAGACACUAAUUCCGGCCUGAUCGGAUCGCUUAUGACGUGUAGAAAAGGGACAUACUACAACAACAGUGACUACAAAUACAAAGACAGAACCCUACUCUUCAAAAUAUUCAACGAGAACGAAAGCUGGUACAUAGAUCACAAUAUAAAAAAGUUCUGCAACGCUGAUCUAAAAUCAUUGAAAUCUGACAAGGCGUUUUUCAAGAGUAACCGAAUGCACUCCAUCAACGGGUACAUGUAUGGGAACCUACCGGGGCUGUCUGUGUGUAGAGGAGACAAAGUAGGAUGGAAUAUGUUUACACUGGGAACAGAGGCGGACCUUCAUACGGCUUACAUCCACGGUCAGACAUUGCUGUACAACAAUCACAGGACAGACGUUAUGGCCCUUUACCCUGGGAAAGUGACAAGGAGUUUCAUGCAAGCCAAGGAAACAGGAAGAUGGCUCAUAGAGUGCGAUCUCCUCGGCCAUUAUUUUGGUGGAAUGUUAGCAUAUGUUGACAUCAACGAUUGUCCAUCACAAGACAAUAGCAAAAUAAACAUCGACGCAGAAACACACUUGUUUGAAAAGGAUGUUAACCUAAAUGAUGACAAGAUGGAUGGCGACGGUGAGGAUAUCUACCUCAAACACCACCCCGAAUCACACGAUGGGGAACAUAUGCACAGGGGCCACGUUGAACCCCAUAUCCACAUGGAGGAUCUAAAGGGCUCAGAUGAUAUAAAUAUGCACAAACAUCACCAUGGUAACAUGCUCAAUACUGGAAAUACGAGAGAAUAUUUCAUCGCUGCAGAGGAGGUCACGUGGGAUUAUGCGCCAUCUGGUAGGAAUAAGUUUAAUGGCACAUCCCUCAAUACAACGAAAAGCUCAUUGAAAUAUUUCCUAAGAGAUGGGAAGUUCAUAGGCGGCAAAUACAAAAAGGUUUUGUACAAGGAAUACACAGACAGUACAUUUACCAACAAAGUGCAACGAUCAGACAAAGAGGCUCAUUUGGGAUUUCUAGGGCCAAUAAUAAGAGCCGAAGUUGGUGAUACUAUAAAACUAACAUUUCUAAAUAAAGCAUCGAGAAAUUAUUCCGUCAAUGCUCGAGGAGUUUCAUUCAGUAAGAUGUACGAAGGUGCUCUUUAUAAAGAUGGUGCUCGUGGUAAAGGCGGUGAUCAGGUUCAACCAGGGCACACAUUUACUUACAUUUGGACAGUGACGGAAGAUGAGGCGCCUAGUAAAGAAGAUCCACAGUGCCUCACCUGGAUAUAUCACUCCGCCGUUGAUCAACGGAAGGAUAUAUACUCGGGAUUAGUAGGACCUUUGCUCACUUGUAAACGGGGCUCUUUGGAUAAUCACGGGAAACAGAUUGGAGUAGACAGCGAGUUCAUCUUGUUGUUUAGUGUGACCAAUGAGAACAUAGGAUGGUAUUUAGAUGAUAAUGUCAAACGUUUUACCAAUCCUGGAAUUGCUAAAGACAAGAACUUCAAAGCCGCUAAUCAGAUGCAUUCCAUUAAUGGAUACAGUUAUGGAAACCUCCCCCUUUUAAGGACGUGCUUAGACGAUGUCGUCAGCUGGCACAUUAUCGGAUUGGGGAGCCAAGCGGACUUGCACGCUGUCCACUUCAGCGGACACACUUUCCAGAGAUGGCAUAAUACAAAGGAUUCUGUGUUGGAACUAGCGGGCACAUUCUCCACCAUUAUAAUGUACCCGGACAAUCUAGGAAUUUGGUCAGUGGCCUGCAGAAGCAAUGAUCAUUUUUUGGCCGGAGAAAGUGCAAUGUUUGAAGUGUCGAAAUGUUCCCUAGAGGAUGCUCCCAAUUCUGAGGGGGAUGGUCACAUGGUUGGUGCUACUAAAACGUAUUUCAUCGCUGCUGAGGAAGAGAUUUGGGAUUAUGCUCCCAUAAACAAAGAUGUGGUGACCGGUAAACCAUUGGAUGAAAUGGAUAGUUCCAAGGCUCGGUUUGUAGUUCGUAGUAACACCACUAUAGGAUCUAAAUACUUAAAAGCAGUAUUUGUUGAAUAUUCCGAUGAUUCAUUCAUGCAUAGAAAAGAACGAUCCGAACUUGAACGCCAUUUAGGAAUUCUUGGCCCAGUAAUCAAAGCUGAAGUGGGCGAUAAAAUAAAUGUUGUUUUCAAGAACAAUGCAAAACAACGUUCGUAUUCAAUCCAUCCACAUGGAGUUAUGUUUGAUAAAUCCAGUGAAGGAAUUGCUUAUAAGGAUGGAGAAACUCCACAUUGCGAUGAAGCUGUUGCCCCAGGGCGGACUUACACAUAUCAUUGGAGUGUUCCCGCCAGAUCAGGACCGGGUCACUCCGAUCCUAACUGCAUUGUCUGGGCGUAUUACUCCGCGGUCGAUAUAGUUCGAGAUACAAAUAGUGGUCUUAUUGGACCAAUAGUGAUUUGUAGAAAGAACGUUUUAAAUAAGCAAGAUGGCAGGCUCGAUAUGGACAGAGAAUUCGGCUUGCUUUUUACCAUAUUUGACGAGAAUCUCAGUUGGUAUAUAGAUGACAAUAUUGAGAAACUGAAUAAUGAUGAGGGCGCAGUGAUUCAGAAGAGCGACGCAUCUUUCCGGCUCAGUAAUAUGAUGUACGCCAUCAAUGGAUAUGUUUUCCAAAGCGAUAUUGGGCUCGAAAUGAGGGAAGGGGAACAUGUAGCGUGGUACUUGAUUGGAAUGGGAGGCAAGGUUGACAUCCACACAGUGCACUUCCACGGUCAAACAGUGAUCCAUCGCACCCACCAUUCGCACAGAGCGGACGUCGUAGACAUCUUCCCCGGGAUAUACGAAAAUGUUGAGAUGUCCCCAAAUGAGAUAGGGACUUGGCUGUUACAUUGUCACGUUAACAAACACAUGCAAUCGGGCAUGGAAACAGUGUACACGGUAUUACCUAAUCUUGAAUCAUCAGACAAUGAAGUAUUUCUACUGCAGCAUGGUCCUAGUCUCGUGAUAUUAGGCUUCUUAGGCUUUGUCAUCUUACUCACAGGUGCCCUAUUAAUAUGGCACUUUAGGAAAUGGAGGUUACCAAAAGAGCAUACCGAAAAAAAUAUUGAAGAAGAUCCAACGCCCCUUGUCUACGCACUUUAGGAAUCCGUCCCAGUCUACCAUACCUACAUGAUCUAUCUCUAGGGACCUGUCAUACUGUGACUCCUAGAAACACACGUUGCAUAACAGAUAGUAGUAGUCAAACUGAAGUACAAUCCGACAAUUUGGUUAUUAUCUUCAGUGGGUUCUGGGGUCAUGGGCCAGGAAACAAUUGUUCACCAACGUUCACUUGGCCGGGAAGACAUGAUCAAGGUGCACGUCUACACGUAAAUGAGCCCUAACUGUUUAAUCUUCUGUGGUUUUGUCUUACAGUCGGAAGAACUGGAAUUUUUUCAAAAUCAAAUAUAAACAUCGAAGUGAACCAACUAUGCUUAGACCAGUUUUUAAAUCUUUAUAGUUAUUAAUUAUUCGGCGAAUGGUGAAAGCGUCCGCUAAGAAAUACAUGGCCUGGAGACUGAUCGGACAUAAUCGCACCCUUGAGGAAUACAAUCAGUAUGUCUAAAGGGGUGUAUGAUGAAUAAUAUCGUACGUAAAGUUUAAUUUUAACAUCUGAACAAGGGCUUGAGAAUUGCUCACUCUUCCUGAUAUUCAGCCGACGAGCUAAAUGAGAAGCAUCCAGUUAUACUUCAAUAUGGUCAUCCCAAGGUUAUUUAUCAAGAUGGACAGACAAGAUCUUGAAAACUCAGCAUAUCAAAAAUUAAUCUGACCUCUUGAUCAUACUGAAAAUGAUUCCCUCGACUUCAGUACUGUCGCUUGCAGGCCCAUCCAGUGAACUGUUUACAACCCAGAGCACACAAAGCCUCAGCCACAUCUGUUCUACGGCGGCCGUACGGCAACCAUAGCUUCACAAAAUCGAUAU